GCGUUCGCUCGCGCAUUCGUUCUCUUUUCGGGCACCGCGAGGCGAGCAAAAGGCGAUGGAUGACAGAGACCAGGAGCUCGGACGAGUUGGCUUUCUGCGCAGUCCAGCUCUCGUCCUUCGCGUUUCUUCCGAGGAAAGACGAGUCGAGCUGCUGGACCGAGACGACGAGGGAUAAGAGAGCCCCAGCAGCCGCGAGGAGGAGACCGAUAUCAUCUCCCGCCACAGUUUCCUCCCCCUCGCAUUGCGGCAGUGGCUGCGGAGAGCGCCAGAGACCAGGAGGAGGAAGAGGAGCGCUAGGCCAGGUGUGUUGUAGCAGCUGCAGCAGCUCCAGCUCGAUCUUUCAGUGAGCUCAAGAAGUUUAUGGACUCGGUAUCAGUCUCUUGAUAGAGCAGAGCAGAGCAGACUCACAACUUGAGUGUCAGAGCGCUUGAUUUGAUGCUCCUCAGCUCUCUGAUUUGACGGAGCUAGCAGUUCAGCUCUUUCAGCAGUCGGGCGCUUUGGAGGUUUCUAGUUUCUUCUCGUUUCCUCGCCUUGUUCUCACUGUUCGUUCUCAAGUCGGUCUCGAUCAUCUGCUGCUGUAGUGGUAGUUCGGGAUCUUCUGACACGAGCGCCUCUUCGUCUCCAGGCGGCGGCGGCAGCAGCAGCAGCAGCAGCACCCGACGGCUAUUGAGUUUGACAAGGUUUCGUGUGCUUAGGAGCAAUCAGAGUGUGUGCUGUGCUUCUUCGGCUCAGGAAGGUGUAAUUCCUUCAUCUGUUGGGUUAUAGUUGAAAAAGACUUCUGCCAGUUAAUGCGCUGGAGUCUUAGUUCGGUGGAUCUCGUAUCGAGCGGGUGGGGAAUUUGUUGCAGGAACGCUUGCAGCACGGAACGCGUUAGUGCUGAGGUUAUGUCGAAGAGCUCUAGGUCCAGGUUGUUUUCUCUGAGGCUCGACGGGCUCUUCCUUCAGCGGUUGUGUCUGAGGAGACUAUGACAUGCAUGCAUGCUGGCCAGCUGUUGCUGUUGCUUCUUCUUUGAGAGGUCGGAUCAGCUCAUCGCUGUCAGUCGCAUGGGGGCUAAGGUUGAUGGCACCCGCAGAGUAGAACGAGGUGGGCGAUGGAGAUUCUGACAAAGAGUUAUGGGCCAGAGUUUUAUUUGAGAGAACGAAGCGCAACUGACAUUCGGUGUAUAGUUCCGAAACGAGCGGAGGCAUCGAGCCCAGUACGUCGGAGAAGCUCAGCAGAGUCUUAUUCUUCGUUGUCAGUCCCAUCACCACCACCACCACCACCACCAUGUCAUUCACUUAUGCUAUGAGGAAUAUGACCAAGCAUUUGACCAGCGAGAAUGGAGACAUGGGGUGCACUACGUGUACAGAUUUCGGGCCGGACACUGUGGCGGACCCGGGGCUCCCGGCGCUGAAGCCCAAUGUGGCAAUAAUCAUAAUCGGACUGGGAUUUACUCUCAUACUCGUGGCAGCGUUUGCGUUGUUCGCGAAGUUCAUGCGGCCCCAUUUGAGCCGUCAGGAUGCGGGCACGAGGAUGUGGGAGGACGUGGUCAAGGAUGGCCACCUGCUGGACACCAAUGUCAUAAAAAACCUCCCUCUUGUGAUAUACUCAUCCGAGAGCUUCAACGGGAUGAAUCUCGACUCCGAGUGCGCCGUUUGCCUGAGCUCGUUUGAGGAGAAGGAGGAGCUCAGGCUGCUCCCCAAUUGCAAGCACAUGUUUCACCCCAGCUGCAUAGACAACUGGCUCAGGUCGCAUCCCUCGUGCCCUCUCUGCCGAAGCACCAUCAUUUCCUCCUCGUGGACGCUGCGCAACCCUCCAGCAGGCCCACCGGAACCUGGCGCUGUUGCUCUGAGCAUUUUUGUGAGCUCUCAGGGAGCAGGGCCUAGUAGUGGACCCGGUAUUAUUCAGCGCUCAUCGUCGAUGGGAGAGAUCAGCGGAUCUUCGAGACGAGAUGACGAUUCCUCCCACCGUAUCGAGAUCACUGUGAUCCAGGACCAGCAUCAGCAGCAGCAGCAGCAUCAUACGUCCCCGGCUGAUGUCCCGUGCAUGAGAGCUGCAAGCUGGUGCGGUGGGACGAUGGUUGCACCUCGAAAGUCCAAGGAGUUCAGGAAGGAUAUAUGUGAACAGCAGUCACCAGCUGGCGCAGGUGGUGGUGGAGGCGGUGGUGGGUCAUCGUCUUCAGCAGUCCAGCAAACGCAGAGAGGAGCAGAUGUUCACGAAUUCGACCCAUACCAAAACGCAGGUCAGGCUAAUCAAUCAGCCCAGAGCGUGUUCAUCUUCAUACCACAGGCACCGAUAACUGAAACAUCUGCGACGGGUGCCGGUGCUGGUUCCGGAGGGGUCUUAAGUGAGAACAGCAGGAAGCCUACUGUGGUCCUGCCGGAGGGAAGGAGUGCCAUCUCCAAGUUGCACGAGGAAGUGCGUUCUUCUCUGGAGGCAUCAGGGUCCAUGAGAAAAUUUGGCAACAGCACUCUGCAAGGAGUGUUUGGAUCUAGUCCCAUACGAGACACCAGUUCUCUGCAAGGAGGUUCGACAACUGGCCAGGGGCAGGGCGGCGAUGGAGGCUCUCCAUCCUCUCAAGACCACCAGUCUAUUCAAGCUCGACAUUGCCCGUGUACAGGGGAGAAAGAGGAUCGUCCGUAGUCAAGUUUGAUAAAUUUUGUUUGAGUUGAGGAUGAUUAGAUUAGGAAAAAUUAGUUCGUCAUUGUAGAUUUCUCAUCAGUCAGUCAGGCAGUGAGUCAGGCAGUUCGGCAGUUUGUCAACCAUACAGAAGGAGACUCGCCAUUUGUACAGCGUGUUCAUCGACGUGAGGUUCUUCGAGAGCGUCACAACCACGUGAAAUCUCGGAACCCUUGAAAAGAGUCAUGUCAUUUUCUGCGGCAGAGCUAGCUUCGCGCGCCCAGGUAGCUUUAACUUAGUUAGAACUCCAGUAUCUGAAUCCCUCCCCCAAUCCGACGGAAAAAUUUGACCACUUCCAUUCAUUCCUGAUAAUCAGAAGAAGGAAGAAAAGAAAUUCUUUCUGUGAUAACGACUAUGGGAUUGUUACUCC